AUGGAGAAGCCGGAGGUGCCGCGCACACGGCGCUCUCCGCUGCCAACCCCUGUCCAGUGCAGGAUGACGUGGCUGGCAGCCUGCCUGGGCCUGUGGCUCUUCCUGCAGCUCCCCACCUUGGGCGCUGGGACACGCGUGGUCUACAAAGUGCAGGAGGAACAGCCGCCCAACACACUCAUUGGGAGCUUGGCUGCCGACUACGGCUUUCCCGACGUGGGGCACCUCUAUAAGCUGGAAGUGGGGGCUCCCUACCUGCGUGUGGAUGGCAAGACAGGGGACAUUUACACCACGGAGACCUCCAUCGACCGGGAGAGCCUGCGGGAGUGCCAGAGCCAGUUCCCAGGGGAACUCUGCUUCCUGGAGUUCGAGGUGUCCAUCACGGACCUGAUGAUGAACAGCAGCCCGCGCCUGCUGGAAGGGCAGAUCGAGGUGCUGGACAUCAAUGACAACACGCCCAACUUCGCCUCGCCCGUCAUCACACUGGCCAUUCCCGAGAACACCAACAUCGGGGCACUCUUCCCCAUCCCCCCGGCCAUGGACCGCGACGCAGGCGCCAAUGGGGUUGCCUCCUAUGAGCUCCUGGCUGGGCCUGAGGCGCAGGAGCUCUUCGGCCUGCAGGUGGCUGAGGAUCAGGAUGAGAAGCAGCCGCAGCUGAUUGUCAUGGGGAACCUGGACCGGGAGCAGUGGGACUCCUAUGACCUGACCAUCAAGGUGCAGGAUGGAGGCAGCCCACCGCGGGCGAGCAGCGCCCUGCUGCGUAUCACCAUCCUGGACAUGAAUGACAACACCCCCAAGUUCGAGAAGGCCCUGUACGAGGCGGAGCUCUCAGAGAACAGCCCCGUGGGGCACUCCGUCCUCCAGGUGAAAGCCAACGACUCGGAUCAGGGUGCCAACGCCGAGAUUGACUACUCCUUCCACCAGCCCACAGACAUGGUGCGUCGCCUGCUGCGCCUGGACAGGGCCACGGGCCUCAUCACUGUGCAGGGGCCCAUUGACCGGGAGGAUGUCAAUAUCCUCAAGUUCUCUGUCCUGGCCAAGGACAAGGGGGCCAAUCCCAAGAGUGCCCGCACCCAGGUGGUGGUGACAAUCAAGGACAUGAAUGACAACGCCCCCUCCAUUGAAAUCCGGGGUAUUGGCCUCGUCACCCAUCAGGACGGCAUGGCCAACAUCUCCGAGGACGUGCCCGUGGAGACGGCCGUGGCUCUGGUACAGGUGUCUGACCGGGAUGAGGGUGAGAACGCUGUGGUCACCUGUGUGGUUGCUGGCGAUGUCCCGUUCCAGCUGAGACAGGCCAGCGAGACGGGCAGUGACAGCAAGAAGAAGUACUUCUUGCAGACCACCACACCGCUGGACUACGAGGCGGUGAAGGAGUACACCAUCGAGAUCGUGGCUGUGGAUUCGGGGAACCCACCCCUCUCCAGUACCAACUCCCUCAAGGUGCAGGUGGUGGAUGUGAACGACAACGCCCCAGUCUUCAGCCAAAGCCUCACUGAGGUGGCCUUCCCCGAGAACAAUGCCCCUGAUGACCUGGUGGUGGAGGUGAGCGCCAGUGACGCUGACAGUGGCUCCAAUGCCAAGCUGGUUUACUCCCUGGUCAUGGACCCCUCCUCCAAGGGCUUCUUCUCCAUCGACCCUGACUCAGGUGAGAUCCGAGUGAAGACAGUGCUGGACCGGGAGCAGAGGGAGCGCUACGAGUUCCUGGUGGUGGCAGCUGACAAGGGCAGCCCCAGUCUCAAGGGCACGGCAUCUGUGGCCAUCAAUGUCAUGGACAGGAAUGACAACGACCCCAAGUUUAUGCUGAGCAGCUACAACUUCUCAGUGAUGGAGAACAUGCCUCCCCUGAGCCCGGUGGGCAUGGUGACAGUGAUUGACGCUGACAAGGGCGACAACGCCCGAAUCCAGCUGUCAGUGGAGCAGGACAACGGGGACUUUGUCAUCCAGAAUGGCACUGGCACCAUACUCUCCAGCAUCUCCUUUGACCGGGAGCAGCAGAGCACGUACACCUUUCGGCUCAAAGCUGUGGAUGGAGGCGACCCUCCCAGAUCCGCCUACGUGGGGGUGACCAUCAACGUGCUGGACGAGAACGACAAUGCCCCUUUCAUCACCUCCCCUUCCAAUGCCUCUUACAAGCACAUCCUGCCCCACACCAGCCCCGGGCAGCAGGUCAGCAAGGUCAAGGCUGAGGACAUUGACUCGGGGGUCAAUGCAGAGCUGACCUACAGCAUCACGGGGGGCAACCCCUUUGAGCUGUUCCAGAUCUCACCGCAGAGCGGGGACAUCACGCUGGAGAAGGAGAUCCUGCGUAAGCACCAUGGCCUGCACCGCCUGGUGGUGCGUGUCAACGACAGGGGCAAGCCCUCGCGCCAUGGCACCGCGCUGGUGCACUUCUACGUCAAUGAGACCCUGGCCAACCGCACGCUGCUGGAGACCCUGCUGGGACACAGCCUGGACACGCCGCUGGACAUCGACAUUGCUGGCGACCCCGAGUAUGAGCGCAGCAAGCAGCGCAGCAACAUCCUCUUCGGCGUCAUCGCUGGCAUCGUGGCCGUCACCCUGGUUAUUGUGCUGGUGGUGCUGGUGCGCUACUGCCGGCAGAGGGAAGCCAAGAGCGGCUACCAGGCGGGCAAGAAGGAGACCAAGGACCUGUACGCCCCCAAUCAGGGCAACAAGAGCAGCAAGAGCAAGAGCAAAGUGAAGAAGAGCAAGUCCCCCAAGCCGCCCAAACCGGCCGAUGACGAGGAGGAGACUGGGCUGCAGAAGUCCCUCAAGUUCAACCUCAUGAACGACUCCGUCAGUGACAGCCCCCGCAUCCACCUGCCUCUCAACUACCCGCCUGGGAGCCCGGACCUGGGGCGCCACUACCGCUCCAACUCCCCGCUGCCCUCCAUCCAGUUGCAGCCCCAGUCGCCCUCUGCCUCUAAGAAGCACCAGGUGGUGCAGGACCUGCCUGCCACUAACACCUUUGUGGGCACUGGGGACAACAACUCGACAGGCUCCGAGCAGUACUCUGACUACAGCUACCGCACCAACCCCCAGAAAUACACCAACAAGCAGUUACCUCAUCGCCGAGUGACAUUCUCUGCAGCUAAUCAGGCACAGGACUUGCAGGACCCCUCACAACAUAGUUACUAUGACAGCGGGCUAGAAGAGUCAGAGACUCCCAGCAGCAAGUCAUCAUCAGGGCCCCGAAUUGGGCCACUAGCUCUGCCUGAGGAUCAUUAUGAGCGCACCACACCCGACGGUAGUAUUGGGGAGAUGGAGCACCCUGAAAACGAUCUCCGGCCUCUGCCUGACGUUGCCAUGACUGGGACCUGCACCCGGGAAUGCACGGAGUUCGGCCACUCCGACACCUGCUGGAUGCCUGGCCAGUCCUCCCCAAACCGCAGGCCCAAGAAUGCCCUGAAGCUCUCCACUUUUGUGCCUUACCAAGAACGGGGGAGUCAAGAGCAAGUUGGGAACGGCAGCCCCAGACUUUCGGAAGAGCGCAGCACCAAAAUGGCCAACCUCCGCCUGCUCCCCACAUACAGUGCCUUCUCCAACAGUAGCCAUGAGCCCUGCAAGGACUCCCCUAUGGAGGAAAUUCCUCUCACCCAGACCUCGGACUUCCAGCCAGCCACCACCCCCUCAUCUCAAACCACUAAGAGGGAGAUCUACCUGUGA